AUGGAUUCGCUUAUACGUAACUUUUCCAUCGCAUCUUCCGCAACAGACCACACGAAAUCAAGCUCCCUCGACCCCUCCAUCGAGCGCAGAAGGCGGGAGUAUGUCAGCUCAGGCGCCCCCCUAGUGAGCAAGAGUACCACUUCCCACCCCGUGUCGUGGAGCACGGACGACCAGGAGAGCACCCUUUCACGCCUCAUCGAGCACAUGGUCCGGAACAAGAUUGAUGGCCCGCACCAGCAGCGCGGUAUCCAUUUCAAUGGACGGCACUUGGGCUCCGGUGCGCAGUUCAGCGUCUAUGGCCACAAGCACGGCACCCUCGACUCUUUCCCGCCGUUUGAUCAGCCGUUCAUGGGCGCACCGGCGAAUAAGCGGUCUUCUAGCCGGAAUCAGGUCAUUGUGGCCAUAAAGCGCCCGGUGUUCAAGCUGGGCUGGGGGAAGGAUGCAUAUGCAGAUCAGGAGGGGCAGGCGCGGAGGGUCGGCUUCGGAACGCCGAGUCAGCUCUAUGCUCUAGAGCUUGAGAUUCUGACUCUCUGCAACGAGUCCAUACGUAACCACCGUAAUAUCGUCAGGCUGCUUGCGUGGGGGAUAGAACAUUCUUUGAAUCACUAUGAGAAUGUGGAGCCGCUUAAUAUCUUUCUCGUUUUGGAGCAUGGGAACUGUUCCUUGAGCGACUUUCUGGCAAAGGAUAACUAUAACCUUAAGGGGGCCAUUCCAUGGCAGGUGUUGCGGGAACUUGCCCUCGACAUCACUCGAGGGCUCUCGGCGCUUCAUUCAUCCAGCGUGAUCCAUGGCGAUCUUAAACCUGACAAUAUCCUCGUAUUCCCCGACGAUGUUGGCCCUUUCUUCUGCAUCGCAAAGCUCUCCGACUUUGGGCUGUCAGUGACGGAUCGGACGGAAAAGGUAUUCAAUAUCGGGACCCCCGGAUGGCAGGCCCCCGAGCUCCCGAGCGACGAGGGCAUCACUGCCGACAUGCUGGUCAAGUGUGACUAUUUCUCCCUGGGUAUGGUGGUUUUCAGUACGAUCUUCAAUUUUGGCGUACUACCGAGAGGACCAGGCCCUCAUGGGAGAUUCACCUUUGAGCUGGCUAAACGCUCACUAUCCCGGCCAAGAAUCCCGAGAACGGCAAUCGAUCGCUUCUCCGUCGUUUUGGAAUCUUUACUGCAAUCAAAACCGUCGGAUCGACCGUCAGAUCUGGAGAAGAUCUGUGACUUGCUGAGGCAUGUGGAGGAGUCGGUUUUCGACAAGAGGGGCUUUUGGAUAAAUGGUCGGUUUAACGAUAACACCCCGUGGGGAGAGCUACACGGGUUGGGGGGCUUUACCAUGAUGCUCGGAGGUGCCUCUACCCAAGAUGGAUUCGCACUUCCGCCGCAGUACGAACCAAUAAACGAGAAGUAUCCAAUUUUCCCCGUGGGACUAUACAUGGGUAGAAUCGAUGAGUUUACCAACAAUCGCAGUCAAGAAGAACACCUGAAGGGAGAAAUCGUGGGGGAUGAUUUGACGGGGGCUCAGCUCUUGGGACUAUGCUUCACCGACAGGAUAAUACUUCAGCGUCGGAAACGGGGGUCAUGUGCGGCCAUUGCCGCCGUCAAAGGUUACCUUCCUGCUCAGGCGGUGGCCUCAGCAAUACUAGAUGGCACGCGUAGCAAGUUGCUCAAGUUGGUACGGAUCAACGAUCGCAAGUGGCAAUGGAAUGCGGUGUCUACCGGCUAUCUUCUCGCAUGGAAACUGGCUUCUGAGAGCCCCGAUGAGCACGAGUCCGCGCUUCGGCAUUUUCGAAGCUCUGGGGGGUAUAACACGCAUUACAUCUCUCCUGACUCUCAUGGAAAGGUGAGAGCAGUCUACAGUUCCUCGGGUCUUCUUGAUGAUCCUUUGGCUUGGUUGUCGGCGCAUCAUCCCCUGCAUCACGCCGCCAUUCUGGACGAUGCUAUCAAAAUCGAAAGUCUACUAGUUCAGGACCACCCAGUCGAUUCAAACACCGGAAUUGGUGAUACCGCUCUUCAUAUGGCCUGUAUGGCCGGUGCCUAUAAAGCUGUUUGUUGCCUGAUCAAGCAUGGGGCCGAUCCAACUAUCAAGAGCGAACGGUUUGGAACUGUACCCCUCCACUGGCUAUUCGUAUUCGAAAAAGCUCAUAUUCAAAAUACCGCUACACUCCUCGCAGUAAACAAAUCGGUUUUGGGCCAAUUGUCAGGCGCAAAUGUCGAAGCGUUUCACUAUCCGUUCGCCUGGCCAGUGGGAACACCGUUGGGAUGGGCUGUAUUAUCGAAUAAUACAGAGGCAAUACAGGUAUUAUUGGAUCUCGGUUCAACACUGGAAUCGAUCCAAGACUUCUUCCCAGGUCGCCCUGAUUGGUUGAGCAUGGAUUACAGACCAGGCCAAGUUUCUAGAAAUGAUGGGGGAAGGCCUUCCGGGCCUGCGCUAUACAGUGCCUACAGAAAGACUUGGAGUGGGUGGGUUUACUCUCCCAUGGAGAAGUAUCGUUCGCCCGUGGUUCAGAGUAGCUGUCCUUCAUAUCAACAGCAGCUAGGGCGGUUACCAGCCACGCGAGCUGUAGCCCCGCGGGCCGGAGAACAGGAUAUCUCCUCCUCAUCAGGCGUACAUGGAGGGCACCUUCAUGCCGCAGUUAGAGAAAACGACCCCGAGGCCGUGAAGAAGCUGAUAGCGAUGGGUGCGGACGUCAAUGAAGUCUUGAAACGCCACGGAAGCCCUUUGAUCAACGCAAUCGACGAACGCAAUCCCGACAUCGUCCAGAUUCUCCUGGACGGUGGAGCUCGGCUUGAAUUACCAGGGGAUUCUGGGGGUGACAUGCCCUUGCUUUACGCGGUAAAGACUGGAAAUAUAGGAAUUGUUAAAAUCCUCCUCGACGGUGGGGCCGACGUGGAUACAGAGAGCGAGGGUGAAGAAAGCCGCCGAAUCGCCCUUGCCGAGGCAGUGGUAAAAGGUCACUUUGAGAUAGCAAAGUUGCUAGUUGAACACGGGGCCAAUCCUCUGAAACAGGUCGAGGGGCAUGAGGUCUGCCUCGAAGCUGCGGUAUAUGCUAAUGCUGCUGAGUUUGUUGACUUGUUCCUCAAAAUGGGCGCAAAUCCGAAUACCUCUGGGAAAAGGCUUCAUGUUGGAAACUCGCUGAUGUACGCUGCCCAUUACGCCAAUACGAAAAUCCUCAUGUCCCUGCUGGCCAGCGGCGCAAAUCCGAAUAUUCGAGAGGGGCCGUAUUUGACGGCGCUUCAAGCAGCUAUAGAUCCCGAGAUGCACCGAAUGUGGAGAGGGCAAAGAAAGACGGUUCAAAUCCUAUUGGAGAAGGGAGCGGAUGUGACUGUGUCCGGUGGGGAAUACGGUAGUGUCUUACAGGCGGCGGCCUGCACGAUGGAUACUGCACUGGUUAAAUGUCUCCUCGACGCUGGAGCUCCUGUGAACAUUGGUGGGGGGCCUCACGGAAGCGCUCUACAGGCAGCUGUAGCAUGGAAUGAUGAUCUUGAUAUGAUCCGACUAUUGCUAGACCGUGGAGCAAGCCCGAAUUUCACGGGAGAUUCGGGCAGCCAAAAACAAAGUGCGUUAUCUUUAGCAGUAAAGAAAGGGAACGAAGAACAGGUCGAGCUAUUAUUGAGAAAAGGGGCCCUUCCCCAGCUUGAGGAACACUCGGGUAAAGCCAAUAGUGGUGGGGUUACCGCUCUAAACUCUGCGGGCACGACGGAACAAAGCAGGAUCGGCCAGAUGCUUCGUGAUUGGGGUGAGCGAGACAACACCGAGCUAGAUCAAUGGAAUUCGAGGAUUGUUCACGUUUCUCAUCCAAACCUUACGGAUGCUCGGUCGCUCUUGGUACAGCGAUUUCAGAUGUCAAGGAGAUAUCGACCACCCGGUGCCGAAUCAUUGGCUGAGAUGGUUAACAAGAUUCUAGAUUACGCAGAGUACUGGCCGGCAACACUCACGGAGAAACACAAAAGAACACCGGUAUCAGGAAAGGUAGCCGGGUCUCCUUAUCUUCAGGUCGGUAUUGAGCCUUGGCCGGGAAUGGAGAUGAAGGUCCAGCGUGUCGUGUUUAGAAUCAAAUCCCACAACAACGUGCCUUGGUGGCUGCCGGUGGUGGAUCCUGAGAAGCUCGACGAAGGGAAAUAUCCAUGGCUUGAAGUUGGAGUGCGAUCUGAAGGUUUAGGCUCUCUCGGCCCCCAUCCUCAUCAUAUAGUACCUGCCACGGGGAUGUUCUGUGGCCGCCUAACUGAACGCACCAAGUGCAUUAUCUGGGACCCAAGUAGCACCAUCCCGGCAGUCUCUGACCUUAUCGGCAACCUCAGGCCAGGAGAUGUCUUGGAUAUAUAUGUGAAGUCGAAAGAGGACGCUUCACAUGUUAUAUACGUCGACUCUGCGCAGGUGGUCGUCUAUUAUGACGACAAAUCUACCCCCAUCCCGGAAUUGUCUAUGACUGUCGAAGAAAACGAAAGCGAAGGAGAUGACGACACGGCACCAGCCCAGCCGUCGCCACCGACCACACAAGAUAUCACAGAGAAGCCAGAUCCGAAUAGCAUGGAAACAGAAACUACGGAGAAUUCAAAUUGGAAGGGACAGAUCAAAAAGGAGGAAGGGAAGGGAGUGCUGAGAAGAGUAGGCGGUCUUCUUACUUGUUGUUUCAGGUGA